GACGUACUGAUACACAGUGAGGCGCGUACAAGUCGCAGUCGUCAGUCGAGAGCCAGAGUCGGACCUAGUCGCACCCGGUACAACGCAGACGAGGUUUUCCAGUCAAGCAAACGUGGUGCGAAAUACUUUCACCGGGAUGCUGAGGGAAACGUUUUUCGUUUUCGCGGCACUUACCGUACUUGCUGGUGCGACCACAGUCAACAAUUGUGAAAAUGAGCUUCCAUUAAAAGACGGCAUUCGGAUUAUGGUAACGGAUUGUGACGUACCUACAUGUCUGUUGAAGCAAGGCACCAAGGUUACCAUACAAGCCAGAUUUACGCCCGAACGAGUGAUUAACAGUUUGAUCAACGAUGUAAGCGCGUUACUCUUCAACGUGCCCUUACCGUUUGUGGGAGUCGACGGAACAAACGCCUGCGACAACAUUUAUAAUGUCGACGGUAGCAAAGCCGGAUGCCCGAUGCAGCCAGGAGUCGAAUAUGUCUACAGAAAUAGUUUUGACGUGCUGUCGAUAUAUCCCAGGGUUGCACUGACCGUACGUUACGCAUUGCGGGAAGGAGAUAACAAAGUUAUAUGUUUUGAAAUACCAUCAAAAAUUACAAAAUGAAUUGCGGAUUCUUCUGUUGCGGAUUUUGAUAUGUUAUAAUUAAAGGUCACAAUGUGAGUAAUCGAGACAAGCUGGCCUUGAGCUUAUGUAAUGCAACUGAUUGAUUAUGCAGCAUCGUACAAAGCGAAAGUGCUACUCUCAAUGUCGAGUGUAUUAUGUCGUAAACAUAAAAUAUAUUUAAUAAAAUAUUUUCUAAUUUUC